AUGAUUUACAAAGGGAAAGGUGAUAAUGCUCCAGGAAUAGAACAUGCAGAGUAUAUAACUCGGGCACUAAUGGAUGGACUUCUUAGUGAAGGUAGAACACUUUAUAUAGACAAUUUCUAUUCUUCAGUGCCAUUGUCUAGGUACCUUUUAGGAAAAUCAACUUAUGUCUGUGGAACACUGAGAGUGAACAGAAAGUAUGUUCCAAAAUCUGUGACACGCAAAAAACUGAAAAAAGGUGAAGUAGCAGCACAGCAGAAUUCUGAAGGCAUAAAAGUUAUAAAGUGGAAGGAUCAACGUGAUGUUCUUAUGCUAACAACUGUCCCUGAAUAUACCAAAGAAUUAGUCAAAACUGGUAAAAUAAAACGUGGUAUAGAGAGAGAAAAGCCGCAAUGUAUCUUGGAUUAUAAUGCAGCCAAAAAAGGAGUGGACUACUCUGACCAGAUGGCCUCAUAUUACUCACCCCUCAGAAAAGUUAAGAAGUGGUACAAGAAAGCAGCUUUUGAGCUUCUUCUUGGGACAGCUAUAGUAAAUUCAUAUAUUCUCUUCAACAAGUUUCACACAAACAAACCAAUUUCAAUAAAGAAAUUUAGAGAAUCUGUAGUACUCUCACUUUUGAAAGGUAAACCACUGAAGAUAUAA